GAAUUUCUGCAGGCCAAUCUGAACCACUGCGCCCGUGCCCAGGACCUCCUGAUACAACACAUGGCGGAGUGGCAGAUUCAAGUGGCGACAGCCGCCGAGCCCUACUUCAUCCCUACUCAAUCAAAUUGGGCUGGUGAUGUCGAGGGAUCGGUGGCUAUUGUGGUGCCGGCACAUGGAACUCCACUGGUUCCACAACGCAGCGGACCAGGGUUUGUAGCGGUCGUGUGGGGGGAGGUGACACUAAUUGGAGUAUACUUCUCCCCAAACAAACCCCUGUCUGCCUUCGAGGCUUAUCUUAGAAGUCUGGAGCCAGUGGUGAGAGGUGCGGCCCCGACCCAUGUAAUUCUGAUGGGGGACUUAAAUGCGAAGUCUGCCGCGUGGGGAUCCCCCAUAACAGAUCUGAGGGGAGUUGAGUUGGAGAACUGGGCUGCCAUGGUCGGCCUGGUCCUUCUCAACCAAGGACGCGCGAACACCUGCGUGCGACGGCAGGGGGGGUCAAUAGUGGAUCACCUCGCUCUGCAGGGCCCUGAUCUUUCGGAACACCAGUACGGCUUCAGGGUAGGCAAGUCGACGAUAGAUGCCGUUGGUGCUCUGAAAAGCUUCUGCGAAGGAGCGCAGAAGGAAAGCGACGGGGUAUUGGCGGUAUCACUAGAUAUCGCCAAUGCCUUUGGCACCCUGCCAUAUAGCGUGAUAGAGGAGGCGCUCCAGUAUCAUCGGGUGCCCCUGUACCUGCGCCGAAUGAUAGGGCACUACCUGGAGGAAAGGGUAGUGAUCUAUCAGGGAAGAGACGGGGCGAGGCAGGAGAGGCGGAUGGCUUGUGGGGUUCCGCAGGGAUCGGUCCUCGGACCCCUGCUGUGGAACCUGGGCUUUGAUUGGGCAAUUCGUCCGGUUCUGCUGCCCCGGAUGACGGAGGCCGUCCUAUUCGGGGGAGCGGGCUGGCGGCCCCCGGCACACGCAAGCAUUACGGUGUCGGGGGAAGUUGUCCAAAUCAGGGCCCACAUGAAAUAUCGCCUGUUCGCGGGGGUGGUAAGAAGUAUGGCAACGUAUGGAGCCCCCAUUUGGUUCGAUGCACUCCGUGCGCCAACCAGGGCCCUUCUGCGGAGGCCGCAACGGGUAGUGGCAAACAGAAUAUGCCGGGCAUACACGACCGUUGCGUUCGCGGCUGCCUGCGUGUUAGCUGGCACCCCCCCGUGGGAGUUGGAAGCAGGAGUCCUCGCUGAGACGUACCGCAUCAGAGCGGAGAGUCGGGCAAGAGGGGGGCCACCGGCCAUCGAAGUUAUCGGGCGGGCACAGAGGAUGGCUGCACGGAGGAUGCGGGACCGCUGGAAAUCGAGUCUGGCGGAUGCCCUCUAUGGAAAACGGACCAUAGAGGCCAUUCGCCCGGUACUGGGUCGGUGGUCCCGUCGCAAGCAUGGGGUGCUAUCAUACCGACUGGUGCAGGUGUUAACCAGCCAUGGCUGCUUUGGCCAUUACCUGUACCGAGUCGCGAGAAGGGAACCAACUCCGACGUGUCAUGAGUGUGGCGCUGUGGAUGACACGGCUCAGCACACCCUAGAAGAAUGCAGUAAAUGGGACACACAGCGCCGCACUCUGGUGGCGGCAAUCGGCGGGGACCUCUCGCUGCCCAGCGUUGUGCUUGCCAUGCUGAGCAGCGAAGCGUCUUGGGACGCUGUGGCUGAUUUCUGCGAAGAGGUCAUCUUGCAGAAGGAGGCCGCGGAGCGGAUGCGUGAAGAAGAUCUAAACGCGCACCCGCUCCGGCGCAGACGGGGGGGAAGAAGACGGGGGGGAAGAAGACGGCGGCAAUUUGCCGCUCGUCAGCUUCCCUUGGGAGGCGGCGGGUAG